AUGGAAUGGGUGGGCGUCUGCCGUGCUGCAGCUCGGCAGGAGGACAGGGCUUCCUCUUCUUUCUUUAUUGAUGUAGAGGAUCCGGAAGUCCCCAGUCGUUCUCCCGCUGCUGCUCCCGCUGCUUUCCCUUUUUCUGGUCUUGCAGGAAAAUCAAAACAAAUACAUAAACACGGAGCCGCUACAGCAGAGGCCUGCACCACAGACACAAAUGAAAAACUCAAGGGCAGCUCCUUUCCGCUGCUGCUAUCUCCACCCCCGCAGGCGAGUCCCGCUGUUCUUCCUUACAAGACUCCAAGCCAGCCGCAACAGCAGCAGCAGGAUCAAUGCCAAAGGCAGGCACUCCUGCAGCAGCAGUGUAGCCAGCAGACGUUGCGCGCCUCAGCAGCAGAAUUUCCAUUGAGGGGUUCUGUGCCUUCCUUUUCAUUCACUUCGCUGCCACAACAGCAGCCGCAGCAACCACAGCAGCGACAAAACCCGGAGGCGAAUGAUCCAAAGGCCUUUGCUGCUGCAGGUAGAGCAGUAUUUGCUGCUGCUGAUGCAUCCUCCAAAUCAGCGCAUUGCUCCAAGGAUCGCUUUGCAAGUGUUGAAGUGUAUGCGCAGGCACCUGCUGCUGCAGCAGUUGUCCGCAAUGCUGUUUCCGGUGACGGAGUUGAAUAUCCGACCCUGUGUCUGUUCACCUCGCCCAAUUCAAAACAGACAGAAGGAGACACAGCAACAGACACCAGCAAUCCCAAACCCACUGCCUUUUCCCUCCCGGAAAAAUCUGGUUAUAGUCUGGGGGCUGUUGCUAGUGCAGCAGCAGCAGCAGAAAGCCGCAGCCAAAAUGAAUGGCCUUGGCAGGGAGCAGCAGAACUAACGAAAACGCCUGACGUGCCCUCUUCAGGUGUAUGUACAGCUCAAGACACCUUCUUCCCGUCCGAUGCAGAAAGACGGCUCUCGACGUCUCCACAGUCAGAGUCAUCUUUACUGGAAGUCCCUUUGCGUCCUAGCAAUGCAGCAGCACCAGCAGCAGCAGCAAUGGCAACAACAGCAGAACAAGAGGCAAAAGAAACAGCUCUGUUUUCUGUUCAAGACAGAGGUGGCAGCUGGCAAGCACACGAAUCGAAUUCAUCGGAGCUGCAUGCAGCUAAGGAUACGUUUGGCAGUUGUCCAUGCACCGCUGACAGACAACACAACUCAACGACUAGCAGCGACAGCACCUCGUUACCCUGUAGCGACUGCAGCAGCUACAGGAGUUACAGCAGCAGCCACAGCAGCAGCUACAGCAGCAACCAGAGUAGCGGCAGUCAGGCAUCGGGAUGGAGUUCGAGCCACAGUAACCCCACUGACGGCGACAGCGCUGCUGGUCUCUCUUUUCUUGUUUCUCCCGACUUAAAAUGCCUUUCAGCAAGGUCCUCUGAAGAAUGCAGUCCCCCAGAGGAACACAGCAACUCUCAUGCGCUUCUACAGCCGAGGCAGCAGCAGGACAUACCGCGGCUGCUGCAGCAGCUGGAGCAACGCCCGCCGUUGUAUCUGCCUCAGGCAAUGCAACCCCGCUUCCACGGGGGCCACCAUAAGAAAAACCCCACAUGCAGUGGUUAUUCUUCUCAGGGCAUCGAACCCUCUAGCGCAUUUCGAAGGCGCGCCAUAUUUAGCAGCAGCAGCAGCAGUAGUAGUAGCCGUAGCAGUAGCGAUACCAGCGACUCAGAAAAGGGGCAGCCUCUGGUUACUGUUCAUAGUCAGAAGAGAAAAGGCAAAGGCGGGGGCACUUUAAUAGCCAGACGCCGGCAAUUCAACCAGAAAUACAUUGGCAGCAGCACCACAAGCAGCGGCAGCAGCAAGCACUUCACCGUGCAUUUUGAGGACCUCGGCUUGGACUGCGGUUUGUUGAAAGUGGGCAGGCGGCAGCAGUUGGCUGGAGGUAGGGCUGCUGUUGGGGUGUCUCGACAGUGUGAACAGGCCAAUGGCAGCCGGCUCAGCGGAGACGAGAAGGACCAAAGCAACAGUCAUUUUGUUUUGCGUUCCCAGCGACCUGUUCUGGAGAGGGCAGACAGUCGGCGUCACGGUAGGCUGCAGCUGCAGACGCAGGCGGCUGGAUCAGCAGGGGCAGCAACAGCUACCGCUGCGGAGGCUGACAGCAGCAGCAGCAGGAGACAGAGGCUGACAGAGCCGAUGCGGCAGCGGCUGCUGCGUCAGUACACCCAACACCUCAACCGACUGCAUGCAGCAAAAGAAGAGGCGCGUCGUUCAGAAGAAACUGCAGAGGCACUGCAGCCGCGCCUAGUGAGGGUUGUGUUAGAGGGGGCCAAACUCAAAGCCUUGCAGAGCAGCAAGUAA